GUUUGGCCUGCUAAGCUUCCCUUACUUUUGGAUUGGGUUAUACGGAUACGGGUGCCCUUGUGAGAAGUCAUAGAGAGGACAGCAGGGACAGAGUGCGAUCGAAGAGCCUGCAUCAUGAGAAAUUAUCGGGUUCUAGGGCAACAACUGCUGAGAACCUUUUCCAGCUCCAGCCGGAAACAGAUUCAGAACCGGGUGCUUGAAAAACAGAAGAUAUUCCAGGCAGACAAUGACCUACCUGUUCACCUAAAAGGAGGAUCAGGAGAUGCCAUUUUGUACCGAAUUACAAUGGGAAUCUGCAUUGCAGGGACCUGUCUUUCAGUCUUCCAGUUGUUCGAAGCAGCUCAGCCAAAGAAGGUGAAAUGAAUUAAACAGGACUGAAGAGCUCAGGAAGAAAACAUUUAAAUUAAAAUGCAAGGCUUCUGUA